GAACAUUUAAGAUUAAUUUUUAAAUUAUCGUGUACUGUUUUAAUACACAUUAAUCCAUUAAUAAUCUCUGCGAUUGAAUACCUUUUAAAUGGAAAGGAAUUCACCGUUCUAGAUUAUUUUUUCUUUUGAUAUAAAAUAUGACCCUUUUAUCUUGGAAUUAGUCAUCAGGUGUUUGACGAUAACUCAACGAUUUUCUCACGUAAUAUUUCUUGCGCAAAAAGAGUUCUUGUGAUCGGUCACGCCGUUACUGUUGCGUUACUCAUUUAUAAUAUCCGCGAUUAAUUGCUGCGUUUGAUCGUACCUUUCUAUUGUAUCAUGAAACUAACGAUCGGUAAUAGAUCAGUAAUAGAAAAAAUGUAGACCGCAAAAGGCAGAUAAUAUAUUCGCAUAAUGUGCAAUUUUCGAUCUGGUACACACACACACGUUUUCUUUUUAUUAAUCUAUUCGUAUAUAGAACCGCUCCUUGCAACCAUCACAUCGAUCCUUUACGGGCGUACGUGACGUCACGCGAACGACUCGAAAUGACUUGAAAUGCAAUUUCCCCUUGACGCACACUGCAUUCUUCGUUUUUACGUUCCUAACGAUUCGUGCUUUUAAUCUUAUUUUAUUUUACCAUGUUUGCGCAAUGCACAGAAAUUGCAAUAUGUUUACUGAGAAGAAAAGAGAAGGAAGAAAUUACAAUUCGAGUCAUAGCUAAUAUAUAUUUUUAAUUUUAUGUUUAUAUAUUUAUCUUAGGAGUCAAAAUAAUUUAAAUGAAUUAAUGAGCUCAUGAAUUAGUCAGCAAUUUCCAUAUUUAUUUAUACUUUAGAAAGCAAUAGAUUUUGCGCGCGCGCGCGCGCGCGUAAUGAGAACUGAAAAAUAGUGUAACGCAUUCCGGGGGGAUAUUUCCGGCCAUUUGUCAGCGUACAAGCGAACGAGUCUGUUUUCAAAAGUUAAUGACAUACCCGUGCGAACCGAUAAACUGUUACAUUGUUGACUAGUGGCCUAGCGUGUUCGUGAAAGAUUCAGCAAUUCGAUUCGCGGAUGUCUUGGUGAAUGAGCCGACCGCGGAAAAAAAAGCCUCGCCUUUCCCGGAUCCUGCCAUCCGAACGUCCAGAAUACACAAUGCCGAGUAAAUUGGAUGGAAAUACGCGGAUCAAAAGUGGUCAGUGCUCUUCCUGUUUCUUUACACGUGCGCGCACGUUUAAAUUCUAAGACUCUAAAAAUGUUCUAAAAAAAGAUCGAAGCUCUUUCUUCAAGUUCUCACAAGAGUGGUUUCGCUAAAAAGUGCCUAAAAAUUUGAUCUGAUAUUGCUUUUGUAUGAGAGCAAAAUAAUUAUGUAGGAUAUUCAAGCGAGUUGCUAUCAAAAUUUCUUGCAGCGUGACUCAUUAUGCGUGAGCAUCUCAUAUAUAAUAAUUUUGACGGUCCAAUAAAAAAAAAACUUUCCUUUAGCGAAUUUAUUAGCCAUUUCGAAAAUUAUUUUUGUAUACAUAAUUAAUGAAUCUUAAACUUCAGAAUCUGGAAUCCGGGAAACUUUAAACUAAAAAUUUCCAAAACCUAAAUAUUUUUAAACUCUCUUUGCUAAUUUUUCAUUUUUUUUUUAUCUUUUCAUAUCCAGUCCAAUUUGUCUAAAAAAAUUUGUGCUCGCUGACAGUGUCCGAUCUGAUUAAGAAUCGUAUUGACGAAAAAUGAAUUAACCACGUAUCGCUAAGAUAUUACGAAUGCGAACUGACCCCACUCACCGUCCGCGAGCCACGUGGAUACCUGAGUUCUCCAGGCUCCCACACUUGGAUCAAGCUCCCACUACCUGCCGAUUGCGCCUUCUUCCUUCCUCCUUCGUCCUUCUCCGUGGGCUCGCUAACGCGGUCCCUGCUCGGCCAAUUGCGGUGUGGCUUACCUCGACCUCGUGUCCCUGUAUGCUCUCUCUGUCUCUCGUCGUUUAGUGUCCUACGGGUGAUUCAGCCGCGUGGAUGCUGCGUCGGGUCUCGCAACCAGAAGGCGUGCGAAACGUGUCAAUAAGUAAAUCAAUUUCUUUUUUAUCGCGGUGUGCGGCGCCAUUGUCUACGAUGCUAAUUACUUAAUCGACUGUUGCGUGUUUUAUAAUUUGCAUUUAAUGAGGAAACGCAGAAGAAACUGUCAUUAGGUCGAAAACGUGAGUUUGUGCGUGGGAGCACUGCGGGCUCUGGGGGCGGAUGUAGGCGCUGUGAACCCGGGUGAAUUGGCAGCAGGAUCAACCCUGUGGCCGGUACUGGCUCUGCUCUUCGCCUUGUCGCGUUACAAGCAGCGAGCCAAGCAGCUACAGGAUAUGCCCAGGCUGCCGUCGCCCUAUAACAAGCAGUCGUCGGGAGUUGGCGGCGCGGGGGGUGGUCCUGGGGGUGGCACGAGUAUACCCCUGCCUGCGACCGUCGCCGCCACCAGAAGAUGCCCUCCGGACAAAGUCAGACCAGCUCCGGCACCGACGCAUCAAUCACAACUCGGAGGUUUAAAACACGGAAACGGCGGCGUAGGCAGCGCAAGUAGUUCUAGAAGUACCAGUCCAAGUCAACAGCAACCGUCUCAAGGUGGUCUCUCGUUCAUUCCGCAACCUAGGAGUCAGAAUACAAAUCGACAACCUACGGCUACCACGCCAAGCCCCCGAGCAUCUACAGUAGGCCGGCCUAACGGAGGUCUGAGGCCCCAGCAACAGGCCUCACCGUAUUCUGGAAACACUGCCCCGCCACCUCAGCCGAACAAGAACUCCGUAUUAGAUAAGUUUAAACUUUUCAACAACAAAGAUAAAAAUCAAGAGCGAGGGAAAACUUCAUCGGGUGUCUCGAAACGCACUUCCAGUUCUUCCGGAUUUUCCUCAGCUCGAUCUGAACAUUCGGACAGUUCAACUUCCUUGUGCGAUCAAAGCAAGGCCCAAGCCCAGGAAUCACCAAAGAGUCGCGCAUUGAAGUCAAAACUGCAAUCGGCUAAACCGGCGAAACAGGCCAGCCCGAAGACAGCCAGGAAAGAGCAGAGCAAAGCCCAAAGCAAAAUCGCGCGUACGAGCAAAGGUCUGCCGAUCUCUACAGAGAAGCUAACGACGCCCUAUAAUAAUCCGGUCAUGGAACAAGAUGUCAGAAUUACCAGUAAAAGCAUUGGCGUCAAAUUACCGAGUGAUAAGAAAACGCCUACUCUUCAGGAACUGGUGAAGCAACCGAUAGUUCAACCUUCGAAACCGAAUCCCUCCGUUCUGACGCCUCCUAAACAAAUUAAUCUUCAAGACACCAAAAACGUGAACUUGAGAAACGAGCUUCCGACGACGAAACUUUCGCCUAGAUCGAAGAUGGAGCUUCCAGGCAAGAUAUCGGAUCCAAAAAUUUAUUUGCAAAGCAUGAAGCCUCCGCCAAACGGCCUGAACAAGGACUUUGUGAUGCAGAAAGCAAUUCUGGCAAAUACCAACGGUAUCAUCAAGCCAUGUGAACUGGGAGAGACGCUUGUUCACGAAAACGAUACUUUUGAUCGCACUCUAAGUAUGAACCAAGCGAACUUAUCAGACGGCAAGGAUCACACGGUAAAACAAAAAGAGCCAGAAGUUUUCGAAGAUAGUCACGAACAGCAAUUAAGAAUGGAAAACUUUGACUCGCCAUCGAAGAGUCAAGUGCCGAGUCAAGAGAAGGUUAUCUGCGAGGAAAAAGUAGAAUCCGUUGAUGCACCUAACGACAAACAAGACUCUCUGAUGACCAAUCCCGUGAAUUCGGCAGCUGACGAGAAGCUAGCUAAUGCUGAAGACGGAUCGACGAGCACGCUUGCGCAAAGCAAUCUGAACUUUGGGUCCAGUAAACCGUUAGCAGGCUCAAACAGUCCUCUUCACGGCCCGAAUCCGGCCGGUCUCAGUCCUGGUUCCAGCAUCCCGAAACCUACCGCACUCGUAAAAGGUACAUCAAAACCUUCGAAGGACAAUGGCACGGUCAGCGGAAUGCCAACGACAACGAAGCCGAAAAGCGGCGACGCUCUUCAUCGCAAACUCGAUCCCAACACAGUAGCGAUGGUGUCGCCGAUGCCGAGUAUUUCGGACCUUAUGUCCGAGAGUUCGCAUAGCAAUUCUAACAGCACCGGACAGAGUAACUCGAGCGACAGUAGCGUCAUUUAUAGGCCAAGCAGCGAAAGCGGUAGCGAGAUAAAGACGAUCCCUAACCGCAAGAUCGACACUACGUUUGAGCAAAUGGAGAAGGUCAGUGUUGGGAUUUUUCUCAGACGAUGGCUAUCGAAUAAAACUGUGCUGUCGGAAAGCUCAACGUGCGGUGCUCUGGCAGACGAUGAGGCCGAGAUGACCGUGAAACCCAUGCAACCUCUUCUGCGUGGGUACACACCCGGAGCCCGGGGCUUGCAAACUCUGCCAAGCCGUGCCACGGCCCGACAGUACACCGUCCUGCACUCGUCGUCGCAUCAUCAUGUCGGUGGUCACCACGACUACGCCGACGUAGACGUCGCUUCCGGUUACCUGAGCGAUGGCGAGGUGCUCCGCGGAGGCGGCAUGAGCGUUGGCAGUAGAACUCUUUCAGACUUAUGUGACGGAUACAUGUCCGAAGGUGGCGCGUCUCUCUAUGCUCGUAGGAUUAAUCCUUCCUAUGGUCACGAGCAUGACAGAUACGCGGGUGGCUCACGACGAGAGCUGUCGGGGGUGAAGGAACUGGUGACCUCGAGGCGGGUGCAGAAGAAUCGGCCGUCGGGGAUCGCGAGGUCGGAUGGCGGCUGCAUCGGGGGCGUUAGUCCAGGAAGCGGUGGCGGCGGCGGCGGCGGCGGUGGCGGCGGCAGCGUCGGCAUCGGCGGCGUCGUCGCCGGCGGUCUUCUAGGCGGCUGCAGCGGCGGGAACGACGCCUUGGCAGAGCUCACGAUCGAGGAGCUGGCUUCCAUUCCCGCCGGAAAUCACACCUCCGCCAAUCACACAGGACAUCCCUCUCAUCACAAGAGAGUGCCGGGCGGAGGGAGUGUAAUUGUGGGGGGUGGCGGUGGAUCGGCCACCCCCCAAGGGGCGCAGCAGGGUAACAGUCACAAUCUGGUGUAUCGCGUGGUGGGUUCACGCGGGCAUCAUCCACACGUGAAGAAGUCCGACAGCUCUCAGCAGACCGAGAGCUCGGCCUUCAAACAUCAACAGCACCAGCAGCAUCAGCAGCACCAGCAGCAUCAGCAACAUCAGCAACAUCAGCAGCAACAGCAGCAACAACAGCAGCAGCAACAACAACAGAGCUCAAACGGCUCUGGCAGCAGUAUCAGUUCCAACAGCCAGCAAUGGAAGAAGUACAUCGAAGCGGGCGCCGCAAGAGAGAGAGACAAGGAUGGCGCGCCACCCAGCCCUAGUCCUUCCAGGAGAUCCCAGGAUAAACACCGGAAACAGACCAUGGCCGAAUAUGCAAAUGGCGAAAAACCACAAAAAGUUUCGUCGGGCACGUCAACCAGCAACAGUGGCAAAGUUCGCGGAGUACCACAAAGCUUUGGCUAUGUGAAAAGGCACAGUGCAGGCACUAGUUCGAGUCCAAAUGGCGUCCAAAACGGCAGCAAGGAUGCCACCAGGACAGCUCAAGUUAGCGCCGUGCCGAGGACCAAGGUCAAGGUGUCCGGUGGCACGCAGACGUGCACCACAGAAUUACAAGCAAAUUCCUCGGGAUCAAAUCAGGGCCAUCAUUACAAGAGCUACAGUCUCACCGGUCCCAGCGCUAGUCAACUCUCGCAGUCGGUUCGAGAUCGCCUCAUGCUGGGCUCGCAGAGCCUGCCGAAACCCGGUAGUCCAGAAUUCACCGCUCUUUUUUCUGCCCAUCAUCGCGAGAGAGGGACAGGCGUUGGACCAGCGAGCGGGUCGUUUUCGCCCCGGGUAUUAAAACCAUCUGACGGCAGUCUCAGCGACACAUGUAGCAAUUACGCUGCACCUGAUCUUCAGGGCUACUACGGGACACCCAACAGCCCUUACACCACCUCAUGGAUGAGACACAGCAAUACCUACACGCCCAGCGGACGAUCUCAAGGAAUGGGUUUAUGCGAGGCGGAUAGCGUGGAAUCAUUGGGCUCCCAUCGUGCGAGUUUAACACAUGCUCGUCUCCUAAUGCACCAGAGGGAUUCUACGGGAUCCCCGGCGCCACCCAGACUUAACAGGAGCAACUCCAUCAGCCAUCUGCGGGACAGGACAUUCCCAAGAUCCACCAAGAGCGAGAAAAUGUAUCCGUCGAUGUUGGCACGCGGAAGCGGCGCCUCGUCGUCGGUUGGCGAGGAGGUCGGGAUGGGCAUGGGAGUCGGAGUCGAGCCGUACUACAGCGUUCCCGUGGGAUCGGCGGGAUGCACCGGCCAACAUUGGUCCCAGCCGACGUCGCCGACACCCACGCACACCUCACGGCAGCCGCCAAACUUAUACCAGCACAUACACAAGGACGACGACAUUCACGGUUCUUCGGUAUCUUUGGUGUCCACUACGAGUAGCCUUUACAGUUCAGCUGAGGAGAAGCAGGCGCAUGAAUUGAGAAAAUUGCGUCGCGAAUUACUAGACGCUCAGGAAAAGGUGCAUUCGUUAACCAGUCAACUUUCCACAAACGCACACGUGGUCUCAGCUUUUGAGCAAUCGUUAUCCAAUAUGACCCAGAGAUUACAGCAACUUACGGCUACAGCUGAGAAGAAGGAUUCCGAGCUUCAGGAGCUGCGAGAGACGAUCGAGAGGCUGCGCAAGCAGAGCGCCGAGGCUGGACUGAACAACGGUUCAGCCGCGAACAAUGGUCGGCGUCACACCUUGGGCGACUCCGAAUCCGGUACCACCGGCUGCACCGGCAACGGCGGCAACAAUCAUCAGGGCCCAUCGAUGGCGAGGCAGCUGUCUGCGGACAGCGUGACGUCUCUGAACUCGCUGAGCAGCGCAUGUUCGGGCGGCAGCAGUCAUCACAAGAAGAAGGGCUGGUUGCGCAGCUCAUUCUCCAAGGCGUUCUCGAGGUCGCGCAAGAACCGGCACGGCUCGGUCUCCGACGCCGAGGACUGCAAGGAGAGCCCCGGCGGUCCCAACGAUCUGAGCGCUCCCAACAGCCCCAGGCUGCCGACCGCGUCCAAACACGAGUCCUCGAGGCCGAAAACCGUGAGGAGUAACAGCCAGAAAUCUCCCGAGCAUGAGAAUCCUCUGUCGGGGAGCAAAAGCAGCUCGGCGCUGUAUAAGAAAGAGGACGAAGACGUGGACGAAUUGAAGAAACAGUUGAGAGAGAAGGACCUGGUGCUCACAGACAUCAGAUUGGAAGCCUUAUCCUCGGCCCAUCAGCUGGAAUCCUUGAAGGACACGGUCAUCAAGAUGAGGUACGAGAUGCUGAACUUAAAGCAGAACAACGAGCGUCUCCAGCGAUUGGUGACCUCGAAGUCGCUUACCUCAUCGCAGUCCUCUCUACCUAGUGACCCAGAUCGACGCUUCAGCAUGACCGAGGUGGCGUCGAGUGUCGCAGCGCUGUCGAACGGCGAUGUUAGUUCCACGGCCGACAAUCUGGAAGAUCUCAACGUCUCGGUCGAGCACACCGUGGUGCCGUCGAGUGCGACAGCCACGGAACCGGUUCUCGAGCAAGACACCGACGGCAAACGGAUCAGCGUGGCUGUCUAUCUCGGCAGCGAGCGAAAUUUCAACUACAAUCUGAUCACCGGGAGCUCCGCGGAUGGCACCAUAGGCGAGCCACCGCACUGCAUGAUCGCUAGCGUGUGCAUCAGCAACAAGACUAGCUGGGACGCUCUGGACUCUAUGGUGAGGCGUUGCUUCAAGGAGUACGUUUCUCGGGUAGACCCCGUGACGAAUCUGGGUCUCGGCGUCGAAUGUGUCGCCGCAUACCACUACGGCGAGGCUUCUAGAUGCAUUACCGAUUCUCAACAUCCCGAGUUGCUGCCCUGCGGCUAUCUAGUCGGUCACGUGAAGACUAUCUAUCUAGUGUUGUCGGGCUAUUCCUGGCUGGCGGUGGACACCUUGAUACCGCGGUCCAUCGUUCAGCGACUAAUCUCCCUUCUAACGGAACAUCGCAGGGUGAUCCUGUGCGGUCCAAGUGGCACGGGAAAGAGUUACUUGGCUGGGAAACUAGCGCACGCCCUAGUAGACGCCGACAAUGACACGAAGGACGCCGCCGCUGUUGCGACUUUUAAUGUCGAUCACAAGUCCAGUAAGGAAUUACGCCAGUAUCUCGCGCACAUCGCCGAAAGGUGCGAUUCGAAUGCCGCUGACGAGCUACCAAGGGUGAUUAUCUUGGAAAAUCUACAACACGCGGCGUCCCUGGGUGAACUCUUCAGCGGACUCCUAGGAACUAGGCACUCAUCGUGUCCUGCCAUCAUCGGUACCAUGAGUCAGGCCACCUGUAGUACCACCAACUUGCAGUUACAUCAUAAUUUCAGGUGGGUAUUAUGCGCGAAUCAUAUGGAGCCGGUAAAAGGAUUCCUGGGACGUUAUUUGAGAAGGAAAUUACUGGAGCACGAACUGCGCGAAUGUGCCGGGACGAGGAACGCGGAAAUGGCAGCAGUAGUCGAGUGGCUGCCGCGAGUGUGGUUGCAUCUCAACAAGUUCCUAGAAACCCACAGCAGCUCCGACGUAACAAUAGGACCGCGGCUCUUCUUGUCGUGUCCGAUGGAAGUGGCUGGCUCUCAAGUGUGGUUUACCGAUCUAUGGAACUAUUCGGUGAUACCCUACCUAGUGGAGGCGGUCAGGGAAGGAUUGACACUGUACGGAAGACGCGUAAGCGGGAACGGAAAUGGCGAGCCCACAUGGGAGGAUCCAGCGCAAUUCAUCACGUCCAGCUAUCCAUGGCUCUCGACGCAUGCUGUGCAUGGCGGUAGUGACGCUCUUCUACGUCUGAGACCCGAAGACGUGGGAUACGAUGUCGUCUCUAGCGGACACACUUCUGGUGUGGGCGCAUCCAGCGUAAAGAGCCUCGGAAGUACUCACAGUGAUACUGAAGGAGAUCCUCUGCUUAACAUGCUGAUGAGGUUACAGGAAGCAGCUAAUUAUUCGAGUCCGCAUAGCAAUGACAGUGACUCGGUGACGUCCCUUGACUCAUCACAUACUCGCCACUCAGAGGACUUGAGCAGCUCAACAUCUUCGUCAAGAGGAGUAGAAUCGGCACUCUAAAUUAACAAGAUAUGAACAAAAUUCGUCGCCGAAAGAUCACGUAUCGACCAAUUUCAAUAAGAAAGAUUACAAAAGAUCAAUAGCUCUCGCAAAUAAACAAUCAUUCCGAUCGCCGAAUUCAGCGCAAGAGAAAAUUAUUUAUACAAGGUAAAAGGUAAUUAUAAACGAGGAAUAUACUUAUCAGGGAAAAUAAUCAGCACAAUGUUUCUAAGAUUAAAACUCAAAAAAAGAAAGUUACAGGUAUCACUAAGUCGUACUUCUAAAUCGAGAUAAGAGCUCAGUUAAACGUGGGCGAUAAUAAACUUAUCGUAAUAAACAUCAAAUUUCAUACUUAAGGACCCUCUGAAAUGCAAUAAAAUUAAAAAGAAGUCACGAAGCGCCAGCUAUUUUAAGACCAUAUUAUUUUAAUACGAACAGUAGCUUCGUAAUGAUCUAAGAGGGAUUCAAAAUGCCUAUUUCAGCUGGCCUAGAUUUAUAGAUUUCUACGUGCAUCCAGCAUCUAGGUGUGAUAUGUAAUAUUUAAUAAAAACGGAUAAGCCGGCGACACUUCACUCCUAAGAAAAAUAGACGGACCGAAAGAAAUUUAUUUUAGACGAAGAUAGAUCUUUAUAAAUUUUCGAAAUUGUGAAAAUUAAACUUUUUAAUCUUUAUCUAAUUAAAAUUAGUUAAAGCUAAUGGAUUCGGAAAAUUAAAUUGGAAACAUAAAAUAAAUAGUUAUAAAAAGAAUUCCAGCAUUAAAAAGUAUAGCCUUUUGGCUUUUUAGAUAAAUUCAAAAUAAAUUUUUCUUUAUUUUUUAAUUGUAUUAUCACAACUUACUUUCUGAAGUAUUAACAAUCAUAGAAAUAUCAAAAAUGUGAUUUUGCGAAAUGGCUAUUCGCUAAUUUCUUUCGGUCUGAUAAUUUUUCGAGACAUACACGCGAACGCGAUAAUGCAAUAAUUUCUACGCUGCCGUUUGCGAAAUUCUAUUUUAAUGGGACGCAUUUUUCAUUCACGACGAGAGAUGCGAACGCAUAGUUGGAAUAAAAAAUCGCAUCGAUCUUGUCGUUUGAUGUAUACAGUAUUAAUGACAGGCGCAAAAAAGGAAAGCGGUUUUAAACCGAGGAAUCGUCAAAGAAGAGAUAGAGAUUCCUUCCUCGUCCGACUAUUUUUCAGGUAAAAUUGUAUAAUCUAAGAUCUCAAGAAUGAAUAAACAGACUCUUAUUCAUAAGCAGACAGAGAUAAAGCGAGCGAGUUCGAAAGGGUCAUGGUCUGUGCAAAAAUAGUCUAUUUAUACAUACUUUGCUACGAAAGCUCUAUUUAAUUAAAGAAUGUUAAUAUAAUAUAUAUAUAAAUUAUAUAUAUAUAUACACAUUCAUACCUGAACGACGGCGCUAAAUAUAUAUAUUAUAUAUAUAAAUAUAUUACAAAAAUUAAAUUUCUAACUAGUUCGUAAGGUACGUGAAUAAUUCUGGUCAUGUAACGUUGUAAAUACGAGACACAAAGCAAGAUAGAUUACGCUAGAUAUGCGAAUUCGAUUCGAUGUCCCAUACGAAUGAACCCCGAUAUCUCCUGCGAUAAUUUUACAUACAAUCUUAUAUUCUUUACAUAUGUAUCAUAUUUUGCAAACAAAAUACUUGGGAUUUUUCUAUUUAUCUCCCAAGAGAAAUCUUAAUACGAUUAAUAAAUUAUUAAUUUCGCCGCGCGUAAUAGAAUAUCUAUUUUUUGCGUGAGAAAACGUUGCUUGAGAAAAUAAUCAUAAUCUUCGAUCAAUUUUGUUCUCAAUUUUUUAUUAGCAAAAUGAUAGGUUUAUUAUGUUUCAGAUAAGACAUAAUUUCCUAAAAAUUAAACGAUUUUAUAUUUUUUUCUAUGAAAAAGAAUAUAAGAAAAACGAAAAUGUGAUGUUGAUUAAAGAAUCAUGAUCACAGGAGAUAAUACGGCGUCUAUGAAGACUAUAUAUAAUGUGUACAUGAUCGGUGGCACGGUGUCCCCGACGAAAUAAAAAGAGGGAGCACGUCAACGUUACACAUACGAUAAUACAGUCGCAUUUACAGGUUUUUUACGUUUGUACCGUAUUUAUAUAUACGCUGUACACAGCGCCGCACUCCAAACUCUAUUCAAAUAAUGAUAAUUAACUGUGUCAUCAAAUAAAUCGCAUUCAAAUCUGU